AUGCCUCUUCCGUCAGCCGACCCACCUACCAGCAAUGCCUCUUCUAGUACCGACUCUCCUUCCACCGCCGAUACAUCGCCUAGCGCCGGCGCUCCUCCGGCGUCCGAUACCCCUCCCGGCGCCCGCCCUCCUUUCAUCGGCAAUGCCUCUUCUCGUGCCGACUCGCCUUCUGGCGACGACGCUCCUCCGGGCCGCAAAACAACUCCCGGCGCUAAGUCUCCUCUCAUCGGCGAUGCAUCUCCUGGCGCCGACCAUCUUUCUGGCUGCGAUACCCCUUCUAGCACCGGCACUCCUCUCAUCAGCAAUUCCUUUCCCAGCGCCGACUCUCCUUCCACCGGCAAUACCUCUCCUAACGCCAACUCUCCUGGUGCCGACUCUGCUCCCAUUGGCAAUCCCAUCUUCACGCUUGGGCUCUCGGACUUGGGGGAACGUCUGAUUCCGAAGCUGCAGACACUCAUCGAGGAUAACAACUCCACUGGCAAGCUGUUGGUCGAGGAUAUGGGGCUCACUUCCACAGCGCUUGUAGAUGCUGUACAACCUCUGCAAAGCUCGGGAUUUAAUACACAAUUCGAAGUGGAACAUCGAUUGGAUGGGGCCAUUUGGCGCCUUUACACUCAGCCGCUGAACGAAUUGCAGAUUCCUGACCUUUCCAACGUUGAAACGCCAUCGGAUGAUCCAGAACAGUACCUUGAGGACCUGUACCGGAACCUGCCAGAGGAACCAAUCUCUUACUACGUUGGCCCCCUUUCUGGGUCUGUCGCUGAGAGGCUUCAGUCCUAUUUCCCCUCUGGCGACGAGGUUUGUCAACUUGGUCAUGUCCCUGGUGUCUCUACACUCUAUGGGCAUGUUGGUGAAGAAGCAUCGGGGACUGCCUUCCACUGCGAGGAUGCGAACCUCCGCUCGUACAACCUCACCCUCGUUGGCUGGAAGAUCUGGAUCCUGAUCCGACUUCAUCACACCGCCCACUUCGAAGAUCUGGUCCGGCGGCUGACCGAGUGCGGCGACGGCUGCGAUCAGUUUGUCCGCCAUACUUCGAACAUCGAGUUUGACAUCAUCUGCUCCGGGCCGGGAGACAUGGUCUUGACUCAGCCGAGACAGUACCAUGCUGUCAUCAACCGUACCGCUUCCUUUGCGAUCGCAACGAACUUCGUGCUGCCAAACGAGGACCCGAUUCCAAAGACGCUCUCCCUGUGCCCUGAUGAUGGGUUGUAUCAUUUGGAGCAUCGGAUGAUCCGAAAACUUGGUCACGCGAAACGCAAGGGAUAUGCCAGUCAGCUCGAAGCGCCUCCCCGGAGAAAACGGCCCAAGUUACACAAACCUCUCGAAUUGUCCGUUGCAGAAGUCCUUGCACACGAGACAACAAAUCGGGAUGCGAUUCUUCGAUUCAUGGCCGUUGUCCGCGCAUGGCGAGAGGUCGAGAAAUGCAACAACAGGACACAAGCCUUGGACACACUGAGGAUGGCUUUCCGGGAGAACUCACAGCUGUUUUCCUUCCUGGAGAUCCUAGCCAGUGUUCACCUUGUCCGGAACCUCGAACGCCGUAUUACCGUCAUCGCUCCAGAGGCGAUCGACAGCCUUUUGGAAAUUCGAGGACUCCCACACACCGAGCAGAGCCGUAGGUCUAUACGAAACGAGCUCACUGCCUAUCAGAAAUGGGAUCAGCUAUGUGGUGCAACAUCUGCAUACACCUACGAGGGAAUUCUCUGUUUUGCACCCCCUGUCUUCAGGGAUUAUCGGGAAGUGACGAGAAAGCAGGUCCAGCACCUGACCAGAGACGACAUCGCAUUGUUCCGUUCUAAGCUUCAGGAGGUGGAGCACGUACAACGCCUGUGCGAGGCUGGCAGGGCUUUUCAGAUGGGGAUCUUUGGGUCUGCGGAGUUUACGGAGCGGCCGUUUGAAGCGCGGCAACGGAACCUGUCUGAGCUUGAUCUCGAGGACCUACUUCAGUUGCUUUAG